CCGAGCGGCAGGCCUCAUCCGCGCCGGCGGCUGGUCCAUGCGGGUUCAACGUCGUCGCGCGGGAGGACGACGACGACGACGACGACGACGACGACGACGACGAUCCAGACCCGCGUACGAUGACGAUCGUCCGGCAGAGCCUCGCGAGUUAAUCGGUGAAACGACGAAGUCGGAUCAGCCUGAUUGCCGACCGAAUGCGAUCGACGCGUGCGUCCCGGCCGGAGGAUGCUGCCCCUGAGACGGGGCACUCGCGGUUCGCGCGUCGCGACGCCCGUCCAGGCGGAGGCUCCACGUGAGCGCGGCUGUCAUCGGGGACGCGUGCAGGUGCACCACGGCCGCGCGCGAGCGGCCGCGAAACGUCGUCUGUGAGCAUCUGGACCUUGUUAUCCCGUGGAUUACCGUCGAGGAUUUAUGAUCGAUAAUCGCAUAGCGAUUAUCUGACGAUACAUUACUGAUGAUACACUGCGGCGUCCGCGUUCUGACCUCUCGCGAGUUCGCAGCUGAUAGUUUUUAACGAAAUCGUGCCGCUGCACGAUGGUGAAAUUAAUAAUUAAUAAUUAAUAAUCUUCUCUCCAGGUGUUAAUCGUGGUGCAAUGAGAAUUUCUCCGUAGGAACGUCCAAAUGUGCAUGUGCAAGAAUUGAGAAAUUGCGCUCAUAGUGAAGUACGGAACACGUGCAUGGUUUUUACGGCGUAAGCUUAGGUGUUGGUUUCAUCUCGAGGAGGCAUCGCUCUUAAUUUGGCAAAAAUCAAACCGCGUUUUCAUUACGAAGGAUAUGACACGGUGAAGAUAUCGCACAGUGCGCGAAUACGGCGAUAGACGUAAAGAUCGAUGAGUAUACAUCGUGUUCGCAGUAGCGAGUACUCUGCUAACGAUUAACGAGCAAGGAUCGGUAGUGCAGCGAGCGAUCGAGGUGUUAAAAAUGCUGUGUCGCUGGCUCAUGGUGCUGGUACUCGCUGGUAUUCUCCUGGUUAUCGAGGCGAUCGCGGUCAGCCAAGGUACAUUCACUCGCGAUCAGAGAGUUUUGAGCGGCAGUCUUGUUCAGGGAAGUCGCAACGUCAGCAGCGGACCGGCUUUCGAAACGAAUGUGCCACGGAAUGUCACUACCGCAGUCGGUCAAACCGCCUUUCUUCACUGUAGAGUUCAUCAGCUGGGCGACAAGGGGGUAUCCUGGAUGCGCAAGCGGGAUAUGCAUAUUUUGAGCGCAGAUAUCCUCAUGUACACGUCGGAUCUGAGGUUUCAGGUGAUUCAUCCGGACAAGUCGGAGAAUUGGACGCUGCAAAUCAAGUCGCCGCAGCAGCGCGAUUCCGGCGUGUACGAGUGCCAGGUCAGCACCGAGCCGAAGAUGUCGCUCAACUAUACUCUCAACGUGGUUGAGGCACGAGCUAGAAUAAUCGGCCCGGCAGAUAUCUACGUGAAGACCGGAAGUCUUCUGACGUUAACGUGUCUCAUGUCACAAGGUCCUCACGAUCUGGGAACGGUAGCCUGGUACCGAGGAACUCAAGCGGUGGUGACAUCACCGCGAUCAGAAAAUGACAUCGACGCGGAGCCUCGCAUAACCGUCGAGACGGAAUGGAGCGACGCUCUCACGUCGAGAUUGAGGAUCACGCAUGCGAAGCCCAGUGACUCCGGAAACUACAGUUGCGUUCCUACCGUGGCAGAGAGAGCGAGUGUCAACGUGCACGUGAUCAAUGGUGAACAUCCGGCCGCGAUGCAGCACGGAAACACGGCAGCCGGCUCACCUAAUUCCAAGACGGUUCUGGUGAUGCUCGCCUUCCUUCUGGGCCAACUGAGAUAAUGUGCGUGUACACGAAGGUCGCCCGAGACUCGUAAAAUCGAUGGACGUACCGCAACAUGAUCGCCCACACAUCCUAGCCGUUAACCCUUCCGCAUAGACCAUAUUGGAUUAUAUCCCAGAUAGUUUCAUCGUAGCGGCCCAAAGAUUAAAUAAUUCGCGGAAUUACAUAAUACGGUCGUAGCAGUUAAACCGAAUUUUAAAUUAAUGAGAUCCAAAGAUAAAAUUUAUGGGAAUCGAUUCAUCCAACUAUACGAUUUUUAUCUCUUUUUUCUGCCUAAUUGAUUUUCGAAGAAUGAUACAUCGAGAUAAUCGCAUUGGUCGCGUUAUUCGCGUUAUAAUCCUUUAGAUUUAUAAUUUUAUUUUCUCGGAACUCUUACUCUUUUCUCUUACUUUUCUAAAAUAAUCAAAAUGAUUUACGGAGCGAUAGAAUUCUUUUUUUUUAACUCCACAUUUUGAUUAUUAAAUUUUCCUGAAGCGACAAUUUUAAUGUGAAGGUAUAAGCGUUGUUAUGCUGUUUUAAUUAUGCGUUGUACUUUAAAUGUCUUGUAGCGGUUAUCUCAUUUUUCUUAAUCUAAUCGCCCGAAAACCCUCGUCCCGUUCGUCUUAAAUUUAACCGUUUGUCUUAAAUUUAAUUUAGGUUUGGCCGCUGGGGUGAGAAAUACAAAGAUAAUCUCUAAGAGACAACUCUUCUUACAUAAUAAAAGGGAAACUUUGUGCCUAAGGGUUAAGCAGAGUGUGAGGCAGUCGUAUACACGGUCUCUUAAAAGCGUGAAUUCCACGACGAAUUUCUGAGUCGACUUUUCCCCAACCACGAGAAGUGACGGACGUUUGUCGUGAUGCAGCGACAGUAUUUACAGUUGAGCUGUAACGUACACAUAUAAAACGUUAAAUAGCUGCGUAAUGAUAACCAGUGAUCCAAGAUAUCUAUUUCCAGCUCGAAAGCAUUUCCCAGUAAUUGGCAUGUUGCACAAAUAAUGUUUUCAACAUCAACUUGCGUCCAAAAUUAAUAAUUACAACAUCGUGUUUAACGACCGUUCUCUUAAACGAGCAGAUUUUAUUUAAUUUUAUUAAUUGACGAUAUAUCCGUUUCGAUAA